CGAAUUGAAUUUUCAAUUUGAUUAAUUGCAAAUACGUGAAAGUAUAGGGGCCGAGUAGUAAAAAACGUAGGAAUUGGAUAGGGUAAAAAUUUGCUACCCUCUCAGGCUUUGACUCAACCCCGCGUCAACCUCUCUCCUAGUAAAUGGCCGACGAUGCCGUCUUUUCUCCCGCCGGCGAGGGUUUAUCGCCGAAUUCCGGCAUCGAAAUCUCUAUGGAAGAAGAAGGUUCCGGAAACAGCGAAGAGCUGCUCGAUGAUGAGGGGGAAGAAGAUUUCGAAAUCGAAACCGACGCCCUUACGAAUGAAGACAACCAGAUACUCGAAGUCAAGAGUGACAAUCUCGAAAACGCCAUUCAUCAAGCACUCAUAGUUCAAAGAACUGAUCUUGAAAACGAAUGCGAGCAUGUGCUUGAUAUUUAUGCCAAUAAUAACGGGAAUAUAGCAGGCGCUCAAACCGAUCAUACCGAGGGAAAAUCUUAUAUCCCGCCUGUAGUUGGAAUGGAGUUUGAAUCGUACGAAGAUGCAUACAACUAUUACAACUGCUACGCAAAGGAGCUUGGUUUCGGUAUUAGGGUCAAAUCCUCGUGGACAAAGCGUAACAGCAAAGAGAAGCGUGGGGCAGUGCUCUGCUGCAACUGCGAGGGUUUUAAGACAACGAAAGAAGCGAGCACUCAGAGGAAGGAAACUAGGACAGGGUGUCAGGCCAUGAUUAGGUUAAGGUUGGUCGAGUCUAGUAAUAGAUGGAGAUUGGAUGAAGUUAAAAUCGAGCACAACCAUUUAUUCGAUCAUGAAAAGGCUCAAAAUUCGAGGUCCCACAAGAAGACGGAAGCAGGUACUAAAAGGAAGUUGGAAUCUGCUGUCGAAGUAGAGAUACAAACGAUUAAGUUAUUUCGAACUCCAGUGAGUUACGGAAGCUCGAGCGAAAGAGAACCCAAUAACAAUUUAGAUCCGAUGAAAAGAAUAAAAUUCGGAAACGGUGAUAUAUUAGCUCUUUACGAUUAUUUUCGCCGUUCGCAGCUGACUGAUCCGAACUUCUUUUAUAUCAUGGAUUUAAGUGACGAAGGUUAUUUGAGGAAUGUAUUUUGGAUUGAUUCUCGGUCGAGAGCUGCCUAUAGUUAUUUUGGGGAUGUAGUGGUAGUUGAUACAACCUGCGUGUCGAAUAAGUACGAUGUUCCUCUCUUGUCAUUUAGUGGACUGAAUCACCACGGUGAAUCUUUAUUACUUGGAUGUUGUUUGCUUGUGGAUGAAACCCUCGAAACAUAUAUUUGGCUGAUGAGAGCGUGGCUUACGUGUUUAUCCGGGCGGGCCCCACAAACUAUAAUCACGGACCGGUGCAAGUUCUUGCAGGGUGCGAUAUACGAGGUUCUUCCUAGGUCCAAUCACCGUCUUUGUCUACCACAUGUUAUGCGUAGCAUCCAAGAAAAUUUGGAAGUUAGGGAAUCGGAAAUGUUCGGGAAGGUUCUAGAUAGAACAGUGUACGCCUCGAUGAAAGUCGAAGAAUUCGAAACGAGGUGGGAGGAGAUGGUUCAACGUUUUGCUGUCAAGGACCAUGACUGGCUUCGGAAUUUGUACGAAGAUCGAGAAAAAUGGGUCCCGGUUUAUUCGAAAAACACUCCCGGUGGAAUCUUUACAGGGGAAUACAUAAACCCGUUUUUCCACGGGUACUUACACGAACGCAUGACUUGGAGUGAAUUUUUCAACGUACACGAAUUGCUUUUACAGAAAAAGAUACACAAGGAAGCUUUAGACGAUUUCGAGUCGAGAGAGUUUAUGCCCGUUUUGCAAACGAGGUGCAAUUACGAACUGCAGGCUUCCCAACUGUACAGUAAAGGAAUAUUCUCAAAGUUUCUAGAAGAAAUAGUGCUGAUGUGUAACUGUUUCGGCGUAGCUCAAAUUCACACAAACGGGGCAAUCGUCACGUACGUGGUCAAAGAACGAGAUGCUGACGUGGCAGAAGUGAAGAAUUUCGAAGUGGUGUACGAUAAAGUCGGGGCGGAAGUUCGGUGUGUAUGUGGUUGCUUUAAUUUCAGAGGGUAUUUAUGCCGCCAUGCAUUGAGUGUGCUCAGCUGCAACGGGGUUGAAGAAAUACCGAGCCAGUAUAUAUUGACAAGGUGGAGGAAGGAUGUAAAGCGUAUUUACAGUCACGAUUUUGAUUCUAACGGGAUUGAUGUUAGUAACCCCGUUCAACGGUAUGAUCAUUUGUAUAGACGGGCGAUGCAAGUUGUUGCGGAGGGAAUGGGGUCGAAAGAUCAUCAUAUGGUUGCGUGGCAAGCGUUCAAGGAGUCGCUUAAUAAGGUUCGUCUUGCGGCCGAGAAACCUGUAUAAAUCGGCGCCAUUUUUAUUUUUAAUUUUAUACAAAAGUAUUGAAUCUUGUUUUUGCCUUCUCAUACAAAAGUUUGAGAUACUUUACUGUAUAGUGAGAAAUUAUUCCCAAAGUGUAUAUAUAUUGUUCGUUGUCUACCUUCUUGUAAAAUAUACACAAUUGUUUUUUUCAUUUUCUUUUUUUUCCGC